AUGGGUUCUUCGAUAUUUGUCUCUAUCGCAGUUUUGAGUGUCCGGAAAGGCGCGUUCGAGAGACAAUUGGAGGAGCUCGCAGAGCGUAAGCGACGACGGCUUGGAAUUCGGACCCUCAGCUUCUCCCUCUCAAAAAGGCGAGCCAGCGUCAGUAAUCAGCGGGAAGAAGCAGUUGCUUCUGGGGUCGUUCGAGGCAAUCCCAUCCAAGACCCUGAUCCCGAAACUGAAUAUCGGCCGACCUUUUCAGCUCGCGUGCGCACGGAAUCCAUGAACAACCAGCAAAAGCCAGAGGUACCGAACGGCGACGCAGAUCCGGGACCUGAGCCGGCAGUCCCUGGACACAUCACGUUCGGAGAUGAACCUCAUCCCUUGAGGCAAGCCACUGGCCAGAUGCAACCACCACAGCGGCGGAGGACAAUUCUUCCUGGCAAUAGCGGCGUUGCUGCUCACUCCAUGGCCAAUCAUCCGCGUCAUGCUCAGCCUGUCGUUCGGCGGAACGAGGAGUCAGACGAGUGUAACCAAUUACGGUCCGGCUCACUCGCAAGACUAAACAAGUACUUCGACUCCAUCGGUGGGUUGGUCGGUCGCAACAGCCAGUUCCACCAUCUCAGUGAAAAAGAAAGGCGAGCACUCGGAGGUAUCGAGUAUGACGCCAUCUGCUUCCUUUCGUGGCUCGUCCCGAUUUACUUCGUCCUUUUCCAACUGUUUGGAGCUAUUGGUGUUGGCGCAUGGCUACAAAUCAAUCGUCCAGACUCUGCUUACGCCAACGGACUCAAUCCUUUCUGGACGGGGGCUUUCUUUGCCAUCAGUGCCUUUAACAACUCCGGCAUGGCGCUUCUCGAUGCAAACGCCACCGCUCUACAGACCAGUUAUUACUGUUUGCUGACUUUGAGUCUACUGAUCCUUGCAGGCAACACGUGCUUUCCACCGUUCCUCAGACUGAUUGUGUGGACUUUGAGGAACUGUAUACCCAAGACGUGGUCGCCACGAUGGCAGAAAUGGCGGAAUGUCCUGACUUUCAUUCUCAACCAUCCAAGACGGGUGUAUACAAAUCUCUUUCCAGCGAAACACACCUGGUGGCUAGUGCUUUCUCUCAUCCUCCUCAACGGAAUCGAUUGGCUAGCAUUCGAGAUCCUCAACUCCGGCAACCCAGUGGUCGAAUCCAUCCCUUCCCACUUCCGUGUCCUCGACGGCCUCUUCCAAGCCUUUGCCGUCCGCAACGGUGGCUUCUACGUCGUUGCCAUCUCCGGCCUCUACCCCGGCCUUCUUGUCCUCUACGUAUUGAUGAUGUACAUCUCCGCCUUCCCUGUCACGAUGGCCAUCCGCAACACCAAUGUCUAUGAAGAGCGCUCCCUAGGUAUAUUUGCUGAUGAACAGGCUGAAGAAGGGCCUCCCCAGAUGAAGGUUUCCCAGAGCAGAGGCAGGGAUUUCUUGAAGGGACUGAAGCGGACGAUGACUAUAAGCCACGGUCCUGGGACAGCGCAAACGGCGAAGUCCGCGAGUGGUUGGUCUAACCAAGACUUCCUCCGGACCCAGCUGCGCGGACAACUAGGCCAUGAUCUUUGGUGGAUCGCACUCGCCAUCUUCCUCAUCACGAUCAUCGAAACAGGGCAGUUCAAUCGUGACCCCGUCGUCUUCUCGAUCUUCAACGUCAUAUUCGAAGUCGUAUCCGCAUACGGUUGUGUGGGAAUCUCUGUCGGUGUGCCGUGGAACGCGUACAGCUUUUGUGGAGCGUGGCAUACGGGGAGUAAAUUGGUGUUGUGCGCCGUUAUGCUGAGAGGACGGCACCGAGGGUUGCCCGUAGCGAUUGACAGGGCUAUCCUACUGCCAAGCGCGACGCUGGGUUGGGCGGAAGAGGAGGAUGCUCAUCGCAGGCAAUGGUCGAGGUCAAGAAUGAGGGAGAGUGACGGGCAAAGAAGUCGGAGUCUGAGUGCGGUUGGCCGGAUGGUGUAG